CACAGAGAUACGGUAUAUUUGACAGCAGGAGAGCAGGCUCUAAUUCUGAUUCACCCAACAGGGCAAAGCUCAAACUGGUAUUUAUACGAAUCAUAUCGUGUCUGGAAUUAGAAACAUUAAGUAGAUACUUAUUUGUCCGCUUAUGUGAUAAAUUUCUGUUGUGUGAAAACAACCUUUGUGGUUGCUGUAUUCUACAAAUACUGCGAUACACUUAUGACAACAAUCAGAACAGUAGAAUUCCGACAAUAUCAACGGUGUUCGAAAGGCGACUGGACCACCUAGAUUAUACAUGAUGUAUAAGAAAAUGAACCGGUGCUCCCCAUCGAUUCUUAGACUAUUCCUUAGCUGAGCAAAUACUGGAUCUGUGACUUAUCACCGAGAUGGCCGAUCAGGGUGAGCAGUAUGAAAAGUCUUGGAUUCUACAUCAUAUCCUUGACAGGUUUAUAGGGAGCCCAGAGAUAGUGGAAAUUAGAAGGAGGCAGAUACUUAUGAGUGAGCUUAUGCUAAAUGGUAGGAAACAAGGAACAAUUACGUUUAACACGGGAAGUUUGGCCGAGGGAAUCUGGAUGAAAGGCUCAGACAAGGAUACAAUGUUCAUUGGCGAUAAAGUGAUAGUUUUGUGUCCCUCCCAGCAUUUCAGUAUUUCACAGGAUAGCAAAGAUAAAACAGUUUUCAUGAUGAGACAUGCUGACAGUCGACCUGGUUACGUGAACCUUGAAGUAGUUAAUCUGGGACCGACAUGCAGUGAAGUGAUCGCCCAAUCAAUCGUUGGAGUUGGAAAUGCACUUUUUAUAUCAAGUGAAAUGUAUAGACGGAAUUAUGCUGAUACUAUGGGUAAUUUUGCAAAUUCAAUUGUGGAAACACAUGGCCCAGCUGUUACUCUGACGUCUGCACAAAGUAAAUUACGAGUUGAUACUGAUAUUGUAGUUGCGAUUCAGUGUACUAGAUGGCCACAUGAAGGUUUAGAGUGGGUGAGUCGGCCUCGCUUGCAUAGUUGGCCAGAUCAAUCUUUGAGAGAUGAGAUAGUACAGGGCGGUUGUCAGCUGGUCCCUGUAGGAGACAGAACAUCUGCUGACACAUUCCUACAAUGGCGGAUUUCAUUUACAACUGCAGAAAGGAAGCUCAUUCAUUCUCUUACUCAUACACAAUUUUUAAUAUAUGGACUUCUCAAGUAUCUCAUCAAGCAAAUAUCAGACAGGUUGAAGUCGAUAUUUGGGGAUGAAGAUAUCCUAUCAUCCUAUAUCAUAAAAACAGUAAUGUUUUAUGCUGUGGAAUCAACACCUGGAUCGUUAUGGCAAGAAAAAAACACAUUUUUCUGUUUUGUGCUUUGCUUCAAGAUUUUGAUUGCCUGGGUGAAUGCAGGUUAUUGUCCAAAUUACUUUAUCAGCAUCAACAAUAUGUUCUGUGGUAAAGUUCAGGGUGAAAACCAACAAAAACUCCUUCACGUUCUAAUUGAACUGUAUAAUAUGAAAUGGGAAUGUCUGUCAGUUGGAACAGUCAUAGAACCACCUUUAGGGAUCCGAUUGCAAAGUGUGAGGAAUGGAGCAUGGGAAUUGAUAUUACUUCCACCAACAAAAUCAGAAAUGCAAUAUGACUUCGAGAUAUUCUCUGCAGCUUUUUUAGCAACUGAUUCGACUGACUUCCUUUCUGGGUCAUUAUCACUCCUAUCUAAAGCAAGAUUAGGCAUUGGUGAAUUCUUAGCUUACACUACAACAUUACGUGCACUGUGCUGUACAGGAAUGGGUACUUUCGAGAAACACAUUCCUGCUAAAGGAAAUAAAGAGAAGUAUAAUGUCUUCCGAAAAUGCAAAAACUUGAUAACACCACUUUCCUCAGUGUGUGCAAGUCCGGGUCUACUGACGCUGGCAACAUAUCACUACCAGACUGGAAACUACACGAAAACACUCGAGAUGUGUAGAGUCAUGUUAUCAUCAUUCAAAAUAAACAUAUUUUCCUCUUCGAAUUACCAGGAAAGAGACAUUUAUGAAAAUCUCUAUUGUGGGCGUGGAUACACCUUGCUCCAUAAAUGUCAGGAGGUAUGGGUAUCAGAUGUAGAAUUUCCAGCAAAUGCUUUACAAUUCUGUCCAUCCCAGUUACAUCCAGAGUUGAUAAACAUCCCUUCGACAGGUAUACUUUCUAUCCCUCCACUUCCAUAUGCUGUGUUCCUGACAUUCCUGUGUUAUCAAGAACUUGGCGACAUGAGGAGACGUGAUACAGCAUUGUGUCACCUUAGAGCCGUGAAGUAUGACAAGGAUCAGGGAGGUAGUAAGCACUGGAUAGUACACAAUAUCUUGGGGAUAUGUUAUGAAAUGGUUGGGGACACACGCAGGGCUAUCAGGGAAUACAAGGACUCUCUAGACGUUUGGAGAUUUGACCAAUAUAAAAACCCUGCCAGAAGGAGGAUAGAACGGUUGCAAAAUUACCAAUGAAAACAUACAUAUGAGUCUUCUUAUCAAACUUGGACUCUACCAUAACAGCUACCAUGUUAAUAUAAGAGGGUCAGGGGUUAUUAGGUUACAUGACAUCUCUCUGAACAUGUAUGAGGUUCACCGCACCGUACCAUGUCGUCCACUAUUGUGUCAUCAUUGAUGGAAAAGGUAAAACUAAUUAAAUGUUCAUGUCUAAAUUGUUUCGAAACAUUCGUAUAAUCAGCAAACAUUAGCGUGUUUCUAUAAAAAUCUUUAUAACAUAAAAGUUGACAAAGUUUGGCUCCAACAGAUGUUUACUUUAAAUAGUAUAUAAUCAAUCAGCCAAUCGCGUGGAUUGAUAGUCCAAUGACACUAUUACGCCAAUACAAAAUGUUAAAACUUAACCAAGUUAUUUGUUUUAACUGAGAAUGGGUUUAUAGAUUGGAUGCGUAAACUGUUGUCGUCGUCGAUGGUACGACGAGAAGUAUAAAUCUAUUCCAACACAACUCCAUGCUUGAGUUUUUUCUUAUUUAUCGUCUUCCAUCUAAAUUGACAAACAACAUUUUCUCCCAUCAUUCACACGUGUUCUCCCGUUUUAGCCGUGGAAAACCAGCGUAUCACCCCAUAGGGGGAGAUAGCCUCGUGCCGAUUAGCACGUGUUCAAUUGUGACGUCAUAAAAUGUGUCACCGGUCUUGUAGCGUCAUCAAAAUUGAAUGACGAUAUUCAUAUCCCAUAUGUGUUUUUGUUUACACUACUGUCAAUGGAGUUGUGACUGAAUUAAUAAGAUGGCAGAGAAAUAAGU